UCACCACCGCAGAGAUACAAACACACUUUCUAAUAUUCAAUAGUGACAAAUUCUAGUAUUGCGAACAUCACACCAUGUCAUCUACACCAGCAAAGACGAUUACUCUGAGGAGUUCUGAUGAACAGAUCUUUGUUAUUGGGGAGACCGUUGCUUUGCAAUCUAAAACCCUUGAGCUCAUGAUAGCUGAUAACGAUAAUGAAAAUAUUGUUAUCCCUUUGACCACCAUCACGGGCAGUAUCUUGGUAAAGGUGAUCGAAUACUGCAACAAACACGCUGAAGUUGAGACUAGUGAUGAAGAUAAAAAGAUUUGGGAUGUACAGUUUGUGAAUUUCGGUAGUACACAAAUAUUAUUCGACAUGAUCCUGGCUGCGAAUUUUCUUAACAUCAAAGGCUUGCUGGACUUGACAACGAAUAUAGUGGCGGAGAUGGUAAAAGGUAAAACACCAAAUGAGAUACGCCGGGCAUUCAACAUUAAAGACAACUUCACCCCUGAAGAAGAAGAAGAAGUUCGCAGGGAAAAUAAUUGGGCUAAUGAAUGAUUUGUGUUGGCAAAAAGAUAUUUUGCAGCAGCUUGAUGUAGGAGUCGAGCAGCCGGUCAUAGCUGGUUAACUUCUUUUUGAUUAUAUUCAGUGUUCGUUGUUUAUUUCUGUAGGAUCA